UAACAGCAGCUCCGCGAGUCGCCGUGUCGUCAUUUUCAAUAAUCCACGCUUUGUGAAGAAGGCGGAAGGGAGCGGAGGAGCUGAGACGGGAGAGGAGAGAACAGAACAUGGCGAUUGGAGAUGCCUGGAAGCAGAUCUCCUGGUUUUACUACCAGUACCUCCUAGUCACAGCGCUGUAUAUGCUGGAGCCGUGGGAGCGGACCGUCUUCAAUUCCCUCUUGGUCUCUGUAGCAGCCAUGGCCGUGUACACAGGCUACGUGUUCAUGCCCCAACACAUCAUGGCCAUUUUACACUACUUUGAAGUGGUCCAAUGACAGACUGAGCUUCUGCCACAUUUCAGGAUGUCCAUUGUUUCCCCCUGGCGGACAAAAAGAGGAAUUUCCUUGCAGGAUUGUUGCGCUGUACCUGUGGUCACUGGGAACAUGAAGAGUUGGCCUGAGACAGUGGAGAAAGGACGAUAAAGGAUCAUGAAGCAGUGGAGGCAUUUGAAUGGAUCCAUUGUAGACGUAAUGUCUGUGGCUUCGUAGUCCCUUAUAAGUGUGCGGUCUGUCAGACUCUAAGCACACAUACUGCCCUGUAGUAAAUGAUGCUUCUUUUUAUAUAAUGCUGACAUUUUUAUAAUGCUUCAGUUUCCUUUGAUGGCGGCGGCUUAUUGAGAUGGUAAAUACUGUAUUUUGUGAUAUUAAAAUGUGUAUAUUUAAUUGUAUACAUAUUUGUAAUGUUUUAUAACAAUUUAUUUUGACUGUUGACAAGAUUAAUUUUGUUUUGACCACACUGCAGCAAUGUGUAGAUAGAUUUUCUUUUUCUUAUUCACCAUCUGUAUGACCUCUUGCUGAGAAAUGCCUGUAUAUUAAAUCUCAUUGUUACUAUUUUAAAACUAAACGAGUCUCUCAGGUGGUAAUUCUGUGGCACCUUUCCCUGUGUAUAUAAAUAUGACCUUCAAUAAAUACCUCCUUCUCUUUAAA